UUUACUGUCUGAGUUCCGCGCAUGCGCUCUAGCAUGUAAAUAACAGCAGCCGCGGUGGUUUGUAUGGUUUCGCACAGGCUCGUCAAACAGACGAACAACCGGCUUAUAUUUACAGAGGACGUUAUUAUAUCUGCUACGUUAAUGAAAAGGUGUGGUGAUGUGUUCAGUGUAGCAUGACACAGCAGGCUGUUGAUCAGAGUAACACAGCUGAUCCAGGAGCGAAUAUAAACACUCAAACAUACAUUACUGUCUGCUGUGGGAUUCACAGAAAUGCUAACAGAAAACAGGAAGCGUCAGCGUGCUGAAGGUGAUGUCGAAAAUGCUCGGAUGCCUCAGGCCAAACGACUGAGUUCAGCUCUCCAGAGCUCAGAGACGGGUAGAGAAUCAUGGGAGUCUGAGUCUUCCAGUAGCGAGAGCAGUUGGAUCAGCAGUCCAGAUCACGCCGCAGGGAGCAGCAGCAGUAGCCAUUGUGGAGUGGAUGUUAUCGGGCCCCACGGUGGCCCCGGCCCCUGCAGUCCCCACAGUGCCUCGACGCAGUCGGACCCCGUGGACCUGCUGUCCUACCAGCACAUCAACCGUGUCCUGAAGGAAGCCCAUUUCCACAGCUUACAGAGCCGGACUCAGUCCAAGCACAGGUGACUUUCAGGGACAGAUUAACCCCAUAGCGACCCCUAGAAGACAGGGUAAAACUUCUUCAUCUCCAUCCUCAUUCAAACCUGCUUCUACUUUCUAGAUCUCUCUGCUAGAGCUCAUCUUAUGUUGAUAUUUAAUUGGAUGGAAAACAUGCCCUGGUACUGUAAGCUCUUCGACUAACUAGAGCACAAAAGUGUUUUUUGUAAGCAAUAACAGCUUGACUAUGAUGCAAACUUUUGUGACUUUCACACUGUGUAUUUUUCUUCUGAAAACAGCUGUAUUGAGAAUGAUGAUACAAUUUAGUGGGGAUUUGCACUUGGGAGUUUGUUGUUUUGUUGAUCAGAUAUUGAUGUGGACCAUAUAGCAAUUCAGCUGAGCACAUUUAGAUGGGAGGCUUAAACAUGCCAAAAUAUUCCAAUGCACUUCUGAUUAGUGAACUCCAUCGCAGUGCUGUAACUAAUGAAUUAAGAAGCCAGUCGAUUUAAUAUCAAAGACUGUGCUGGUGGGCAGAUCUGGGUCAUUUCUUUAUAAUCUUGGCUCAGAGUUCUGCCGCAUCUCUUGCCUCCCAACCAUCACUGAAGCUGGUUGCUCAUCCAGGCAUCAUGCCUUCGAGACCCUGCAGAGAUUUUCUUGUGUGCUGUUCAAAUUCUGCAUUUGAAAGAUUGUUGUUUAUUUUACUAUACCUUUUUGUAUGGAAAGAUGUACAAUACAUUUUACAUUCAGAUCAUCUACAUUUCUAAAUAAAGAUGUGUGUUCU